UUCAGAACAUGCUGCGGAUGAUGUUUGCGAAGACGAAAAUUUUCAUCUCUCUCUCUCUCUACUGAUGUACAUGUGAAGUAAAGUUGUCCCCACGUUUCUUUGCGUAUUUUGUGCGCACUUUCUCUCUCCGAUUUUUCUUGCAAAGAAAAAGAUUUCUCGGGAAAACAUACUCAAAUUUCUAACAUUCUAUCAAACCUGUAAAAAACAAAAGCCUCGGAAAAAAAAAUCCAAUUUGAGACAGAUAGGUAAGACUUUUUUGAACUUUGCGCUUCUGGGUUUCUUUGUUUUCGGUUUGGUGAUCUGGAGAAUGCUGCAUUUGUGCAUUCACAGUUCAGAGUUUUGUAGUAUGUAAAGUUCUAAUUUUGGUUAUUAAAGGUUAGGCUAGUAGUGAAAUGGUUUAAUUGAUCUCAUUGUUACAGAAGUUUUGGAAUUACUUUUUCAAUCUAGUUUUUGGUCAGUUGGGGACUUCUGUGCUGAGUUUUGGUAGGUGUUUUGACUUUUUGGUUGAGCUAUGUCUCUGCUUGGAGAUCUGUGUUUCCUCUGGUAAAUAGCUGUUGAGACUGUUUGAAUUGGCAUUUUCUCGAGGUAUUUGGACAUUUGGAGUGGAGAAGUACACUUGUUUGAGAUUUACACUUGGUGUGGACUGUAAAUCCUAAUGAGCAAUUUUAGAUUUGAUAACUGUUAAUGAUCUAAAUUUGGUAAUGGAGGUAUAGUUUCUUGUACGUUUUGUUGGAUACAAACAUGGCCUCAGCAACAUCACUUUCUCCAAACUCUUCCCCUUCUGCAGUUCCACCAACUGGAUUUUCCGUUGCCUCACCACCGCCUGCAACAACUUUGCCUGAUCAGACCACUGAUCCCCCGGUUCCUUCAACCACUUCUAACUCUUCAGCUCCACCCCCUCAAACCCCACCGCCAGCAACCCCAGCUGCUUCCCCUCCGUCCCCACCAGCAUCCCCACCCCCAUCUCUAUCAAGAACGCCACCACCAUCUGCACCACCUCCAUCACCCCCAGCAUCACCACCCCCAGCUCCUCCAGCAUCACCACCUCAAUCAACUCCUAUUGUACCUCCUCCAGCUGUCACUACUUCACCACCUCCUCCACCAGAUGUAUCCCCCCCUCCACGAUCAGCAAGCAGCCCUCCCUCUCCUCAGUCCAGCCCAACCACUCCUGUGGCACCCCCUCCUCAAGCUGUUGCCCCUUCCCCACCUUCUCCUGUUAAUGUCCCUACUCCUUCCACUGAUUCACCACCUCCACCAGCAGAAAAAGCCCCUGAAAGUUCCCCUGCACCUCCAAAUGUUACUCCACCAUCUAGUUCGCACUCUGAUAGCCCUCCACCUGUAACAAAGUCUCCUCCUCCUCUUCCAACAUCUGCAUUGCCAUCACCACCUCCUUCUGUCCCAUCAACUUCUUUACCGCAUGUACCUCCUGCUCCUCCAGAUAGUUCAUCGACAACAGGAACUUCUCCUUUGUCGCCAUUACCCUCUAUCCCUACAGAAAAGCCAACUGCAAGAGCAACUAGUGAUGGCAAUGUCUCUGCAAAUACAACAUCCAAAGGUGCAGGGAAUUUUAACACUGGAGUUGCAGUGGUAAUAGGCAUUGUGGUUGGGUUUGUAGUACUCAGUUUUCUUGUGUUGGCUGCGUGGGUUGUACAAAAAAGAAAGAGAAGGCAUGCUAAAUCAAAUAUUGGGUACACCAUGCCUUCCCCAUUUUCCUCCUCCCAGAAUUCAGAAUCAUUUUUUCUAAGGCCCCUUUCUCAUGGACCUUUGGGAGGAAGCCCUUCUGGCAGUGAUUUCAUCUAUUCGCCUUCAGAGCCAGGUGGAGUAAGCAAUUCAAGACCAUGGUUCACAUAUGAGGAGCUAGUCCAAGCCACAGAUGGGUUUUCAACAAAAAAUCUUUUGGGUGAAGGUGGAUUUGGUUGUGUAUACAAAGGUAUCCUGGUAGAUGGUAGAGAAGUAGCUGUAAAACAAUUAAAGAUUGGUGGUUCUCAAGGAGAGCGUGAGUUUAAAGCAGAGGUUGAGAUCAUUAGCCGAGUACAUCACCGCCAUUUAGUUUCAUUAGUGGGUUACUGUACAUCUGAGAAUCAAAGAUUGCUCAUCUAUGAUUAUGUCCCAAAUGAUACCCUUCACUACCAUCUCCAUGGUCAAGGGAGGCCAGUUUUGGAUUGGGCAAUUCGGGUGAAGGUUGCUGCUGGAGCAGCUCGUGGCAUAGCUUACCUACAUGAAGACUGUCAUCCCCGCAUUAUCCACAGGGAUAUAAAGUCAUCAAACAUCCUUCUUGAUAACAAUUUUGAAGCUCGGGUUUCAGAUUUUGGGCUUGCAAAGAUAGCACUGGAACUGGAUUCAAAUACACAUGUAACAACACGUGUGAUGGGAACCUUCGGGUACAUGGCUCCUGAGUAUGCAACAAGCGGCAAGUUGACUGAAAAGUCUGAUGUUUAUUCUUUUGGUGUUGUGCUUUUGGAGCUAAUUACAGGCCGUAAGCCCGUUGAUGACUCACAGCCACAGGGUGAUGAAAGCCUAGUUGAAUGGGCUCGACCAUUGCUUGCUGAAGCACUUGAUAAUGAAGAUUUCGAAGCGCUAGUUGAUCCAAGGUUGGAGAAGAACUAUGUAGCUGGAGAGAUGUUUCGAAUGAUUGAGGCAGCUGCAGCUUGCGUGCGUCAUUCAGCUGCAAAAAGGCCACGAAUGAGUCAGGUGGUGAGAGCAUUAGGCUCCUUAGAUGAGUCGUCAGAUCUAUCCAACGGAAUGAAACCUGGCCAAAGUGAAAUUUUCGACUCGAGACAACAUUCUGCACAGAUCAGAAUGUUCCAGAGGUUGGCAUUUGGUAGCCAGGACUAUAGUUCAGAUUUUUUCGACAACAGUCAAAGUAGCUGGCGGAGUCGAGAGCAGAGCCAGAGUAACUUUAUGCCAUAAGUGCAUUUCAGCAUUCAAGUUACAAGACUUCCAUGGCAAACAUGAUUAUCCUAAAUUUCCAAUCUAUAACAUGGAGGCUGAUUUCAGAAGGGUUCCAGUUUUGGUCAGUCCUGGAUUUUCAGAACCGUUCAUGAUUUUGUUCUUCCUGGAACAGGGUCAUACUGACUUAGUACAAUCUCAUAUAUUUUAUUCUUUUAUUUUUUGCCCUACUUAUCAGCCAAUAUGAUUUUCCUUC